ACCCCGGGCACUGAGCAGGAGAGUCCUCGCCAACCUCUUUCCCUUUCUUCUUCUUCUUCUUCUUUUGCUUCAAUCCAAUUCACUAACCCCAACUCUCCCACACAACCGCCGCACACCCGUCGCCGCCGACCGCCGAAUUGACCACGUGUCACUAAACCUCUCUAAAACCCUCCCCCUAACCCCUUCCGCCUAUAUUUUCCGCCACUUCCUUUUUUCCAUGUUCGAAGAGGCCGAGGCGUAGGCAUGGCCGGAGACGCGGCUUUGGCGCGAAGCUCCCCCGUUGGGGAUUGGAUUCCGGCUGACGAUGUUUUGCUCAAGAACGCCGUUGAGGCCGGUGCUUCAUUGGAAUCACUUGCUAAAGGCGCCGUUCAUUUUUCUCGGAGGUUUACCGUGCAAGAACUGCAAGAACGCUGGUACUCUAUCCUAUAUGAUCCAGUUGUGGCUGAAGAGGCUUCUGCUCACAUGACUGAGUUUGAGUGUUCCACUCCAAAUUUUGCAACAAAGUUUAAUAGAUUAGGAAGUUCAAAAGAGAACACAUGUGUCCCUGGAAAGAGAAAAGCUGAAAGUGUUCACAGUAGUUACCAUGCUCUGCGUAAAAGGAUCUGCAGUGAGCCAUUUGACUCCAUGGACCUCAAUUUUAUGCUUACUCCCAACGGCAGUAACUAUAUUGUAAAUGGAGAUGAGCCUCUAAAUGAACACGUCAUGACUGGAGGUCCAAUCCCGAAUCAUUUUGGACUUGACGGACCAGAUUUGGAUAGUACUUUGCAUCAUACCUUUCCACACAAUCUGAUGCAUGAUAGCACUGCUAUUGAUGGUAUUGAAAUUGUGAAUGCAUUUCAGAUUGGAGGAUUUCAGAAGGCUACUGAAGAAGAUUUUUUAGUUGAGCAAGAUAAUCUACAUGAAGAAAUUACUUACAUUGAAGACAAUUUGCCUAACACAAGGAAUAAAUCUGAGGUGAACGAAUUCUACCAACCAAAUGAUUUGCCAGAUUGCAGCAUCUUCAGUGCUGGUGUUUUAGGAAUGGAACCUCCCUGUUCACUUGAUCAAAUUAAUAAUGACAAGGUAAAUAUGUGUUCCCCAUUUGAAGGGAAUCAGGUUUUUAAUCUAACUGCUUCAGAAAGUAGUUCGUCAUUUCAUGACUUGGAGUAUUCAACUCAACUUCCUGAACCACAUAUCUGGAGCAGAGAUCCAGCAACUUCCAUGCCAUUUGAUGUUGGUGACAGAGAGAAUGAUACUUGCACCAGAGAUUCGUUUGAACCUUUUGACGAUAUUAGUGCCAAGAACACUGCAAAUUCAGGGUAUGAUGUUGACCUGGGGAAGGAAGUCAGUGCUGGUGAUUUCAAGAGUCCGGGUAUUUCUGAAGAUUAUUUGGCAGAAUUGUCCAAUUCCCUUUUAAACUUUACAAACGAGGAAGAACUCAUGUUCAAAGAUGAGAUUGAUAAGUCCUACUAUGACGGUCUGAGCUCACUUUUGAUGAGCUCUCCAAUGGAUGAUGUUGAAGAACACAUGAUUGAUCUAAUUCAGCCUGGGACAUCUAUGACCCUAAUGUACCCUAUGAAUCCCUCUUGUGCAGAUCCUGCUGUGGCAGAUGACAUAAGAGGGUCCAUUACUGGUGAUAUGAAUUUUCAUCCAGAGACGAUGAUGCAAUCAUUUCCAACAGCUUCAAAUUCUCAGUUUCCUGAAUAUAAAGACGGAGUUGUAUGUUGCACAUUGAAUACUGAGGUAUGGGAAAUUCCAUGCAAUGAUGACGUGUUUCUUCUCAAGCAUGUGUCAUUGUCAUCAAUUUCCUGUAAAGUAAAUGAAUCCAGUAAGCCGAAGCCGAAAUGUUCAUCUGUUAAGGAUCUCACAGUUGAUCAAAUUAAGGGUGAUACUGGGACAUGCUUUAUGCAAAAAGAACAAAGGAAUUGCGGAAAAUCUCUAAGAUCUUCUCCAGCUAAUGGAUCACAUGGUACAAUAGAGAUGAGUUCAAAAUCACCUGUUUGUAACAUUGAGCUGCCGGAGAUUGACCCUGUCGAUGUGCCUUCAACAAGUGCAUGUCAUGUCAGUAGUAAUUGGGGUCAAAUUGAUUCGGCUGAAGCAAUCACAAAUCCUCUUCCUGGAAUUAUGGAGGAAGACAUUAGAGAAUUCUCACGUCUUGAUCAUGAUUGUGUUGGAAGCUAUCCUCAGCCAUAUGCUACUGAAUCUAAUUUGGAACCUGAUGCAUCAGGUACAAUUAGAGAUCAUCAAUCAUUACCUGCAGAAGUUACGCAAAUGGAUAAUGCUGUCUCAGAACCAGAUGUAAAUCCAAUUACACCAGAUUUUGAGGGUCUUCUUGAAAGUGAUGAUGAUAUACCAUGUUGUUCAGAUAUAGAGGCAAUGAUACUUGACAUGGAUUUGAAUCCAGAUGACCAAGAAUUGUAUUCUGGUGAGGAAGUCUUAAGAUAUCAGGGCGAGGACACUAAGAGAGCAAUCAUGAGAUCGGAGCAGGGUGCUUAUUCGUAUAUGCAAAGAGCCAUUGCAUCUCACGGAGCAUUUGCAGUAUUGUACGGGCGCCAUUCGAAGCAUUAUAUUAAGAAGCCUGAGGUGUUACUGGGCAGGACAACAGAAGAUCUUAUUGUUGAUAUCGAUUUGGCAAGAGAAGGGCGUGGUAAUAAAGUGUCUCGGCAACAGGCAAUAUUAAAGAUGGAUAGAGAUGGAUCUUUCCUUCUGAAAAAUCUUGGGAGCUGUUCAAUCUCAGUAAAUAGCACGGAAUUAACCCCUGGACAGAAUCUACGCCUUAGUUCCAGUUGCUUGAUAGAGAUACGGGGAAUGCCAUUCAUAUUUGAAAUGAACCAAACUUGUGUGAAGCAAUAUCUAGAUAGCGUACCUCAAGGUUAGAAGAAGACUACAUCCACUUAGGUCGAUGAAGGUUCCAUGAAUGUGAUGCAUGCAGAGGACAAAUUUUUCAGCACCUCUUGGGCUCCCUACUCCCUAGUUGAUUAACCACUAUUUUUUCCUUUUUCUUUUUCUUUUUCUGUUUUGUAUUACUUCUGUAACUACUGCUGAUCAGCUAGGUCUUUCUUUUAACCUCCAUGUAACAACAGAGAAGACGCCUGUUGAAGGCUGGGAUUGCAAUAGAAGCCAUUUUUGUUCUUAUGUUCACUUCUCUAAUCUAUGCUGUUUAUGUUUGGGAAUUGAGGUGUG